UCUUCUCCGCUAGUACGGUAAACUCCUCUGCCUGCUCUCACCUGAACCUCUUACUCGCCACGCACCUGUUCCGCAUCACACUCACCUGCUCCCUCAUCGCCACCAGGCUGAGAGAAGUCAACGGAAAAAAAGCGAAGUCCCGAAGUUAAAGAAAGGAAGUCGGCAAGUCUCGCAGUGAAAGGAAAGGUACCGAAGUCCUGCCUGAAGAAGAGGAAUUACCAAGCCCAAGAGUGGAAGGAAAAAAGUUAACUAAGUCCUAAAGAAGAAAAGAAGCUCAAGAAAUCAGAAAAAUAAAGGUUACUAAAUAAAGUCAAAACAUCACGUCUCAAGCCCAGAAAGUGACAUUGCACAUCGUAAAUCAGUCUAGCGCAUCACGCAAGCAGCAUUUGAGACUGUGUGAGGAUGCAGCCCCGUAAUGUGGUCCCUCUGUGGGUGCUGGCCAGUUUACUCAUGUGGGUGGAAGCGGACGCCGAGCCACUUAGGGUUGACUGCAACAGAACCAUUCUCAGCAUCACGAUUUUUUGCACGAUUGAGGUGCAUCACACAGGGUCACUGCCUAACCGCUAUUCCACGGAGGCGGACAAAGAACAGCUUAAGAGACAGAUAUGCCCAUGCAAGGACUUCGAAGUGCACGGCGCCUGCCCCACCUUCAUUCGCAACCUUGCCAAGAGGUAAAUGGGUGGAUACAGGGCGUGGGGGCGUGUGACGAUGUGGAGCACCCUGGCGCGGAGUGGUGAGGCUUGGCGGUGAACUGUGACAGGUAUUCACGAGAGGAAAGCGGGGCAAGAAUAUGAUCUUAAUUGAAAAUUUAAAGACUAGAAAUAGUAAUAAAAAGGUUUUAUAAAGGAAUCUACAUGUCAAAAACAGAAAACAGAGAACUGCGAAAGAUCAAGUUCGAGGGGCAGCUGGUGCAGGCGGCACAGGGCGUCAUAGAGCGCCUGCUGGUUUGCGUCACACGCUGCCGCCCCAUCAUGAACAGCUACAUAGGGCCAGAGACCGUGCGAUACUGUGUAGAGGCCACGCGUGCCCUUACGGAGCUGUCCUCCAGCGUCCUGCAAGGCCUGCCGACCCCGAACUACACCACGGAGAUGAUUAGGGACUUCCGCAAGCGUGGCACGAGGAUGGUGAUCGACCUGCUGCAGGACCACUUUGUGGAGAGAGUGGUGAUGCACCAGGACCCCCACGUGGGGGCCACGAUGCUGACGGCUGUGGUGUGUCUGCUAGAGCAGGAGGGCGUGGCGCGGGACGAGGCCGUGGGGCGCAUCCUUGAUAGCAUCCUCCUCGUGUUAGGCCAGACAGACUACUUGCCGGAAUAUAUUUUGAACUACUUAGAAGCUGAGCAAACCUACAAUGACGAAGUGACGGUCUACAACACUCUGCACGGCGCCCUGCUGGGAGACCUUGAGGACGCCCUCGACCGCCCCCCGCUGCUAGCCCCGACACGCCGCCCUCACCGCCCUAAUGUAAACUGCUCUUAUCACUGGCGCUGCUUGCUGAUACGGUGAAUAAAUAGAUGCUUACAAGCGUGGACACACUCAGCCAGACGCUGCCUACCUUCCCGCAUUACUCUCGUUGCGAGGGGACGCGUCACCACUGACGGGCAGCAGCAGCCAUACAAGCCAAGCUAUGGGACAUGUGCCUAAUAAAUCACAGCUUCGCGGUAACUCAUGCCAACAACAACUAUCACGUCAGUUUCUUAUUACACCACUGCUCCAGUUACUCUUUCGUCUUUGCUUUCUUUGCCUCAUAAAUAAA